AUGUCAACUCUUUCCUCCUUCCGAGAGUGGGAGGCUCAGAACAACAUCAUCACCGUCGACCCAUCUCAGAAUGCAUUGUACAGCUUGCCUGACCCAGACAGCUACAAGGUCCUUCAGGAUUCUGCGCCCUGGAAGAAAGAUCCAAACUACUUUACACACGUUCGAAUAUCAGCUCUAGCUCUCCUGAAGAUGACUACCCAUGCCCGAUCUGGCGGCAACAUUGAGAUCAUGGGUUUGAUGAUUGGCUAUAUUUCGGGCAAGUCCCUUAUCAUCACAGACGCUUUUCGAUUACCUGUCGAGGGAACAGAAACAAGAGUCAACGCACACGCUGAUGCCGAUGAGUACAUGGUCAAUUUCGGAAUUGCCUCUCGUGAAGGAGGCGGGCAGUUGGAAAACGCAGUUGGUUGGUACCAUUCACAUCCAGGCUACGGAUGCUGGCUCUCUGGAAUUGAUGUCAACACCCAGAUGACCCAUCAAAUGGUCAACGAUCCCUUUGUCGCUGUAGUCAUUGAUCCUGACCGCACUGUGAGUGCUGGUAAAGUAGAGAUCGGCGCCUUCAGAACCUACCCCGAAAAUCAGCGCCCAAUGACAAAGCAGUUUACUGACGAUAGUGAUGAGUUUCAAGCCAUCCCGGCUGCCAAGAUCGAAGACUUUGGAACACACGCAAAUUCAUAUUAUUCCCUCGAAGUUCAGCACUACAAGUCAACUCUGGAUUCUCAUCUGCUGGGUCUACUAUGGAACAAAUACUGGACUUCCACACUGUCUCAAUCCCCUCUAUUUACCAACCGCGACUACGCUCAAAAGCAAAUCGCCGAUCACGCAAUCAAGAUUCGUGAGGCUGGAAAAAAGCAGAGGAACAGUACUGCUUUAGGUCGUCGUGGCCAAGAACUUGCCGGGCCUGGGGACAAAAACUUUAAAGUGAUACGUGACGGAUCCUUGGAACAGGUAGUGAGAGGCGGCAGUAAAAUCGCGACCGAAGAGGUUGCAGGAUUACUGGCUAGUGAGGUGAAGAAACAACUGUUCUGGGGUGUUGUUCAAGAGGCUCGACUCAAAGCUGCAGAGGCUCAGGCAGCUCAGGCAACUGCAGGCAUCACAAGAAAUGGUGGUUGA